AUGGUGCGCUUGGUUUCGUCGUUCUUGCUGGCCACUUUGGCAGCAACCUCCGUCUGGGCUGCCGACCCCCCUAAGUGCGGCGCCGGUUCGAAAUGCCCCAAGGAAUAUCCUUGCUGCUCCCAAUAUGGUGAGUGCGGUACGGGUGCCUACUGCUUGGGAGGUUGCGAUCCUUUGACCUCCUUCUCUCUCGAUUCCUGUGCCCCCGAGCCCGUCUGCAAGAGUCAGACGUACAAGUGGGACAACUUGGAUAGCGCCGCUAUGAACACCAAAUAUCUGGGUGAUGCGUCGAAGAGCGACUGGGUCUACAGCGGAUUCCCCAAGGUGGAGGAUGGCAACCUGCUCCUUACCAUGCCCAAGGAGAGUGUGGGUAGCUUGUUCGCCAACAACCACUAUAUCUGGUACGGCAAGAUUUCCGGCAAGAUCAAGAGUAGUCGUGGUUCUGGUGUGGUCUCUGCUUUUAUCCUGCUUUCGGACGUCAAAGAUGAGAUCGAUUUCGAGUUUGUCGGCAGUGAUCUGGCGAAUGUACAGACCAACUACUACUUCCAGGGUAUUUUGGACUAUGGCCAUGGCGCAAAUGCAUCGGUGGAUUCGAAUACUUUCGAGCAGUGGCAUGAUUACGAGAUCGACUGGAAGCCAGACCAGAUCACUUGGUCGGUUGACGGCGAUGUCAAGCGGACCUUGACCCGUGAAUCGACCUGGAAUGAAACCAGCAACCGCUACCAAUACCCCCAGACUCCGUCGAGAAUGCAACUUUCGCUGUGGCCCGCCGGUCAAGCCAGCAACGCCGCGGGAACAAUUGCGUGGGCCGGUGGUGAAAUUGACUGGGACAGCGAGGAUAUCAAAGACAAGGGAUACUACUACGCUACGUUUGGAGAGAUCAAGGUGGAAUGCUACGACCCCCCCAAGGAUGCCGUCAAGAAGGGAGACAAGGCCUACAUCUUCACCAACAGUGAUGGCAUUGAAAGCUCCAUCCAGAUCACUAACAACAAAACUGUGCUAGCCUCCUUCGGCGCUAGCGGUCUCGACAUGGAUGUUAAGCCCAAGUCUUCCGGAACGGCCACGGGCACUGCGACUGGCAACAACACGGUUCCCGAGAACCGUGGUGGAUCCGGCAAUGAACCUGGAAGCUCGAACGGCAGCUCGGGCGGUGGCAGCUCGGGCGGCUCUGGCAGCUCUGGAUUCAACCAAGGUGGCUCUGAUGAUAGCAGCACUACUGGUUCGAAUGGAGCCUCCUCCGCUAGCGAGCGUGUUCUGCGCAGCUCAUUCCUUGCUGUCCUGGUGGCGAUCGUUGUGCUGGUUGCCCUGUGA